CAGAAUUUGAUACUCCAGCGCAUAUGUUGUCAUGGGGAAAAGCAUAUCCACACAUACUGACAAAAUGUUAUAAUGAUUCCAAGCCAAACGGGAAAUUUGGUCCACUGAAUCCAGCCAAUGAAUCCACGUAUGAAUUUUUGAAGCAAUUCUUCACAGAAGUCAUCGGUAGAUUUCAUGACAGUUAUAUUCAUCUUGGCGGCAACGAGGUAGAUUAUGAAUGCUGGAAGUCGAAUCCGGAGAUAGUUGAAUUCAUGCGAAAAAUGGGAUUCAAUGAUGACUAUUUUGAAUUAGAGAAAUAUCACUUUAUGAAAGUCAUACAAAUUGUCAUGAAUAUGACGACCGAUCCUGACUAUCCAAUGACGCCUAUUGUCUAUCAGGAGAGUUUUGUCGAAGAAUGUGGAUAUGACCAAAGUACAAUAAUUCAUGUGUGGAAGAGUGAUAAUUGGAAG